CUUGUCCCGUACCUGUUCCAGCACCGGCUGGAUCCGUCUCUGGAGGAUCCUGUGGUAGCUCUCCCUCCUGUCGGUUUGCUUCUCCCCCAUCCCUUCCAGAUAUGCAGCACAUCCAAGAAGACAACCUGUCUUCGCCUCCCUUGGGGCCUCCGAAUUACCUUCAGGUAUCCAAAGAUUCUGCCAGCACCAGUAGCAAGAAUUCCUCCUGCGACACGGAUGACUUUGUCCUGGUCCCGCACAACAUCUCCUCCGAUCAGUCGUACGAUCUGCCCCUGGCAACCGUGGGCCGGAGAGCCUCGAGCGAGUUCCUGAUCUGCGGAGGGCAGUGCCAGCCUUCCGUCUCCCCCCGGAGCGAAACGGUGCCCAUCCCGGUCCCAACUCAGCUGCGGAACUACCAGCUCAUAGAGCAGAACUUGACGUCGGCCACCAGCCCGGGGUCCAAUCCCCACGGGUCACCAAGAUCCGGGGCAGUGCGGCGGUCAAAUACCAGCCCUUUGGGCUUCCUCAAGACCGGCUCCAGCUCCCCGGUGCCAGCUGACACUGCCCAGACUGUUGGGAGGAGGCUGUCCACGGGCUCUUCCAGGCCGUAUUCCCCUUCGCCACUAGGUGAGCCCCAAUACGGCACAGGCCAAAAUCACGAUUUAAAACCCAGGUAACCUUCUGGAAGAAUAAAACCUCAGUCCCAGUCCCCACAGUCCCUCCUGUUGACAGGAGCUCGACUGCAAAGCUCGCCCACCCUGACGGACAUUUACCAGAACAAGCAGAAGCUUCGGAAGCAGCAUUCCGAUCCCGUCUGCCCGUCCUACACGGGCUGCAGCUAUGAUCCAGACUUGGUGGCUUCUGUAUCUGUGGCUACUGCCUUGGCAGCCUCGUUGAGAAAGAUGUGGGCAACGGCUCCUUUCAAAAUUCCCAAGACCCAAGCGUCUUCUAACUUGGUGGGCCUGGUCAGUCGGCAGGGGCCCUCGGAGCUUCUGCUACCGCAGCCGAAGGAGAUGGGGCAGACCAGAGAGCUCACACCUUUCCACUCCACACAAAGCAGCGAGAAGCAGGCAAGAGAUCAACACGGCAAGAUGAUCUUUGGCAGGUCCGUAAGCACCAGCAAGCUGUCAGACCCACCAGCAAAGGCUGCCCUUAGCAGCCAGCUCUACCAGGGCAGCAGCACUGACAGCCUUAAUACCGAACGGCCCAUGGACACAGGUAAGGCGAUGGGUGGGGCAGAGGGGUGCAAGUUGUUUUGCAGGUACGGUCAACCUCGGUCAAGGUCCCGAGUGAUGUUCACUGUAGGAUCCCCUCCGAACAGCGCCACCCCUCCCACGUGCACCCACAUGGUUCUGCGAGCUCGCACAAUGUCAGUUGGCUCUAACAGCUCGGGAGGCUCCCUCUGUUCUACCAGUGGCCGGGUCCUGAUGGGCUCUCCGCCCGGAAUUUACAUGGGUUCCUCUCCUCCCAGCGCCGAGGCAGCACCUUGCUUGAAGUACAUGCCGUACGGCGCAUCCCCUCCCAGCUUUGAAGCUCCAGAACUGCCGGAAGAAACUUUGAUGGAGAGAGAGCACACCGACACGCUGCGCCACUUGAAUUUGAUGCUGGCCUUCACGGAGUGCGUGCUGGACCUGACGGCUAUUCGGAGUGGCAACCCAGAGCUCUGCAGCUCCGCCGUGUCCCUCUACCAGAUCCAGGAGAGCAUCGUGGUGGAUCAGAUCAGCCAGCUAAGCAAAGACUGGGGGCAAGUUGAGCAGCUGGUUCUGUACAUGAAGGCAGCCCAGCUCCUGGCCUCCUCCUUGCACCUGGCCAAAGCCCAGAUCAAGUCAGCCAAGCUGAAUCUCUCGACCGCGGUGAAGCAAGUGGUCAAAAAUCUGAACGAGAGGUACAAAUUCUGCAUCGCCAUGUGCAAGAAGCUGACCGAAAAGCUGAACCAGUUUUUCUCAGAUAAGCAGCGUUUUGUCGAUGAAAUCAACAGCGUCACCGCCGAAAAGCUCAUCUACAGUUGUGCGGUGGAAAUGGUCCAAGCAGCAGCCUUGGAUGAGAUGUUUCAGCAGACCGAAGACAUUGCGUACCGGUACCACAAAGCCGCAUUGCUGUUGGAAGGCCUAGCGAAGAUUUUGCAGGACCCAGCUGACAUUGACAACAUAAAUCGCUAUAAAGCUAAUAUCGAAAGGAGACUCUCUGCUCUUUGUUGCAACGCCGUCGCUGUCUACGAAUAGAAGAGCUCCUUUGCCCUACUCCCCGGGACCACUUAGCGUAGCCAGAAAUCUUCUCAUUUCCCAUCUCAAAGGAAAGCUGGCUUAUAUCAAAGGAGAGAAGAAAAAAACAAUUCACGAAACAGGAAAAAAAGGCAAAUAAUGUUGGGAGGAAAAAAAAUUGUCCUUGGACAAACAUUGUGCCCGUCUUUCCUUUCACAGCCAGACGGGGGGAAGACUAUUUAUACGAUCUCCACCGCCGUUUUGAUCUUGGCAGGCAACGAUUCCCCGUCUUCGUAGAUUACAAGAGGACGGAGGGAUCCUUCUCCGGCAGGAUUCCCCCAAAAUUUGGUUCCUGCUUUAGGAAACGGGUGGAUGUCUGCUUUGCGGGACAAAACUGAAUGAAGGCGACACUUCGUUCGGGCUGGACUUCCGGGGAAGCUUUGUAGCCGAGCACGAAUGGCGAAGAUCCCUCCACCUUCAAACCGUCAGGAACCCGGAUUAAUUUUGCAAAAUAUAUAUAUAUAUACAUAUAUUAAAUAACCGAGAAGGCAAAAUUACAGACUUUUAUUGGAGACAAGGACCUCCGGUGAGAAUCCCUGAAUCAAACUUUUAGCAACAGCCGUAGACGUACGACCUUGAUGUUCUUCCUGAUCCCUCUCGCCCAAAUACUUUAUAUUGCACUAAUUUACUAAACUGUGUAUUGUUGGGG